AUGCUCCCAUCCCAGGCUAUACCAUCACUGGAAAUAUUCCCAAGCCAGUCCAAGAACUUUGCCGGCACCGUCGAGAAGGUCCGCCGUCAAGGGACGCAGCUGAACCCAAGAUGGGAGCAGGACGUGGUUGCCAAGCACGAGCCUAAAGAUGCCAGGGCUUCUCUCGACAAACGCUACAUCUUCUAUCAAGUUCACUGCCGGCCUCCCGGCUGGAAACUAGAAGAAUACGAAGCUAUUGGGUCGGGAAUAGCGUAUCUGAAAACACUCCGCGGCAGCCCUAAGAACUGGCCUGGCCCAGGCGCCUGCGGCCGAGCUGGCUGUUCGUAUGAUUCGGCCAUAUAG